AUGGUGGUGGUCGUGAAAGUCUCGUCGUUCACGCCGGACGCACGCAGCUGCUGCAGGGCCCGCCUAAUGGAAGCCGUGCGACCUGCCGCAUCACCACUGUCCCUUUCAUCAUCCCCACUGCAGGUGUCGAAUGGGCGGAUAAAACGGCGGGCGUAUGUGCCGAGGUCCUCGGCGGCGCGUAGCAUGAACUCAUACUUCAGCGCAUACUUUACAGACUUCUGCGCUGGCCGCGCAUGCAUGCCGUACUGCUCGAGGAGAUACAUAAACGCCGUGACAGCGCCCUUGAUGGCGCUGGACGCACUGCGCGUCUUUGUUGCGCCGUGUGCGUGGAUGUCCGCCGCAAAGCACCGCUCCCCAUCGCUGUCACUAGGACCCUCUGCAGCAUCAGCGUCAGCAUCAGCAUCGGGAUCGUCACCUCUACCACUCAUCAGCAUCAUCUCCGUUGCUGAGCGCAGCACCGUGGCAGAUUUGGGUGCCUUCUCCACAAGCCACGGCAGCAGCACGUCGUAG